CAGAAACAGCAUUUUUACUCUGAUUGGCUGCUGGAAAGCAAUUCCAUCUCUGAUUGGUUAGAUUUCAUUGGACCUACGAUUGCCUGGAUAAGUUGUGCGCGCUGGCGCGUUGUCUAAGACACGACUGGCCCUGCACAAGCCCAGAGAAGAGAGUUUUUGGAUCAUGGCGGACAUCAUUACUGAAGACAUCUGGGAAUCCCACAAUGCGCAGCUGGUGGAGCCCCUUUGCACCAAUGACCCAGAGGUGUAUGAGAUUAUUAAGAAGGAGAAGAAUCGUCAGAGGCUGGGCUUGGAACUCAUCGCCUCAGAGAACUUUGCAAGCCGAGCAGUGCUGGAAGCCCUGGGCUCUUGCAUGAACAACAAAUAUUCAGAAGGAUAUCCUGGGCAGAGGUACUAUGGUGGCACCGAAUUUGUGGAUGAAAUGGAGCGAUUGUGCCAGAAACGAGCAUUGGAUCUAUAUUCGCUUGAUCCAGAGAAAUGGGGCGUCAAUGUCCAGCCAUAUUCAGGCUCGCCGGCAAACUUUGCCGUGUACACAGCUCUGGUAGAGCCACACGGGAGGAUCAUGGGAUUGGAUCUACCUGACGGUGGGCAUCUGACACACGGCUUCAUGACAGAGAAAAAGAAAAUCUCCGCCACAUCCAUCUUUUUUGAGUCCAUGCCGUACAAGGUGAACCGAGAAACAGGCUACAUUGAUUAUGACAGACUUGCAGAAAAUGCUCGUCUCUUCCACCCGAAACUCAUCAUUUCAGGUGUUAGCUGCUAUUCCCGGAACCUGGAUUAUGCCAGGAUGCGGCAGAUUGCGGACGAGAACGGAGCCUACCUGAUGGCGGACAUGGCACACAUCAGCGGCCUGGUGGCAGCUGGUGAAGUACCCUCCCCUUUCGAGUACUGUGACGUAGUCUCCACCACAACGCACAAGACUCUCCGUGGCUGCAGAUCUGGUAUGAUCUUCUACAGGAAAGGAAUCCGCAGUGUCGACCCAAAGACAGGCAAGGAGAUUAUGUACAACUUGGAAGCUCCCCUCAACCAGGCAGUCUUCCCUGGACUGCAAGGUGGGCCUCACAACCACGCCAUCGCAGGGGUUGCUGUGGCACUCAAGCAGGCAAUGACUCCAGAGUUCAAGGUCUACCAGAAGCAAGUUCUGUCUAACUGCAAGGCUCUUUUGACUGCAUUGGUGGAUCUGGGAUACAAGAUUGUUACCGGCGGUUCAGAUAAUCACCUAAUCCUGCUCGAUCUGCGUAACCAAGGAACUGACGGGGGCAGAGCUGAGAAGGUUCUGGAACAGUGUGCCAUUGCUUGCAAUAAGAACACUUGUCCAGGUGACAAGAGUGCCUUACGGCCCAGCGGCCUGAGACUGGGGACGCCAGCCCUCACUUCCCGCGGGCUACUAGAGGAGGACUUCAGGAUGGUGGCGGCCUUCAUUCACAGAGGGAUUGAAAUAACACUGGAGAUCCAGAGGGACGUCGGAGCAAAGGCUCCCCUCAAGGAAUUCAAGGAGAAAAUGCUGACUGACAAGAACUAUCAGAACAAGAUCGCUCAGCUGAGGGAUGCUGUGGAAGCAUUUGCAUCCAAGUUCCCAAUUCCUGGAUUGCCUGAUAUUUAAGUGUGUUGGCCAUCAAGGAAACAAAUCAUCUGUCCGAAAGAGUUUUUUAAAAUAAAAAUUCCAACAGGGCCACUGAUUUUGGCACUUCCUGUAGGAAUGCUGUUCUGUCCUUUAAUUCUCCAGUAAUUAUAGAGUUCUACAGCAUGGAAUCUGCUCACUCAGCCUACUGCGUCUGUGCUGACCAAUGGCCAUCCAUUAUUGUUAACGCCAUUUUCCAGCACUUGACCUCCCCAUAACCUGUUGUGCCUCAGUGAUUCAGGUGCUUGUCCAAAGACUUGUUAAAUACUGUAUUGACUCUGCUUCUGCCAUUUUCUCAGGCAGGACAUUUCAGUCUCCUGGGGCCAGCACCUUGGGCUAUCUCUUCAAGUCAACUUCUGCCUUGUAGAAGCAAUAAUGUUGAUCACUGCCCAUCCCCAAUGUCCUUUGCUCAACUAUUAGCAAUAGUGUCUUUAUCUGCCAUGGACCUGGCCUCCUGUACAUGGAACUCAAAAGACUGCAGUUGCUGGAAACACUCAGCAGGUCAGGCAGUGUAGAUGGAAACAGACCUGGAGUUAACGUUUCAGGUCAAGGACCCUUGGUCAGAAGAGUUAACACCAUUUAUCUUUCUACAGGUGCUGCUUAACCUGCUGAGCAUUUCUAGCUACCUUUCUUCUUCAUACCUGAUCUAUCAAAUCCUUUCUGUAACCUAUUUGCCUCUUAACAUGCAUUCUUCAUUUUAGACAUCCCUUUCUCUUCAACCAAGUACGCAACUAACCACAUUUGGGCUCAAAACUGCAGUGAAAUCAUGUGUAUCAUCAGAGGAUAAGGGCUUUGGAUGGGUUUUGAGUGGUUGGAAGGAAGGGAGGAGCAUGGGAAGACCUUACCAAUUCUGAGGAGGCUGCAUUGGGAGCAGUGGAUACAGAAGGUGACCCCAACAGAUUUGCAAGUGAAGUGUUGCCUCACCUGGAAAGACCAUUUGGGGAAGGGAUUUUUACUGCACUUUUAAACGUGGUUGAAGAAUAGCUACAAGGAUCUCAACAGAUACCAAAGUCCAGUUUUCCUAGCACAGCGCACUGUUGAACUUGAACAUAGGGUUGCCAGCUGUCCCGUAUUUACCGGGACAUCCCGUAUAUUGGGCUAAAUUGGUUUGUCCCAUAUUCCCCCGCCACUAAGGUAGAGCAUUCCUAUGAAACCUUUCGUGCCGAAAUGGUGUAAAGUGAAGAAGCAAUUACCUUUAAUUUAUGAGAAUUUUUGAGCAUUCCCAGACCCAAAAAAUAACCUAAUAAAUCAUACCAAAUAACACAUAAAACCGAAAAUAAAUAACACUAACAUAUAGUAAAAGCAGGAAUUAUAUGAUAAAUACACAGCCUAUAUAAAGUAGAAAUAAUGUAUGUACAGUAUAGUCGGGAAGAUGAAGGAAAACCAAUUUGUGGGGGGAGAAAUUGGCACGUAUGCGCAGGUGCAAACCACAUACACACAUCACGCAUGCGCACACAGGUGCCCGCGCAAGGUUCCAUGUUCAUGGUAGUCUUUCCUGGGGUAAAGUGUCCCGGGAUUUGACUGCUACUUUUGCCCCUUAUUUCGGAGUGAGAAAGUUGGCAACUCUAACUGUAAAAGACAUGUUGAGGUGAGUUUAACCCUACUUCAACACCUGUCCCCCCGGUCGGCUGGUCCGUAAGAAUAUUGUCAAUAUUAAACCGGUCCACGGUGCAAAAAAGGUUGGGGACCCCGGUCCUAGCAGAUCCCAACAACUGGAGCUUCCAGGACAAUGUCCCCUGUACGAUGCUCCGAAAGGAAUGUUGGACAUUGUCCCUAUAUUUUGAUGACUUGCACUGUAUGAAGUGCCUGGAGUUUCCUGAGUGAUGCAAAGUGUCUGGAAAUGCUGUAACCACAUUCCCCUCAGGGAGGAUUACAUGACUGAAAACUUACUUUUCUUCAGAAUGAACAGUGCAGACCAGGGUGGUCAUUGAAUCUGAUCUUAAUAGAUCUACUAGAUUUAAAGAUCUGUUUUGUUUUCUCAAUAUUCAAUCAUCAUCCUUGUUUAUUUUGUUUUUUAUAUUUAUAAAUGAUUUAGAUCACUUUGUAGAAAUCUGUUUUCACUUUGCCACAAGAGUCUUUUUCUGUUUAUCAGUUUCCCAAAAAAAAGCCAAAUUAAAUCCAUUGUGCUUCAAUGUUGUAAAACACCUAAAAUAUUAAAACUUCGAAGGAGGGGGUGAAUACUUUUUUAUAGGCACUGUAGAUCAAUCCUGGAAUAAGUAUACUGCAGAUGGUCAGUGUCUGCAAACAGAAGAGGGAAAAGUUU